GCAAAGAAACAUGGACGUUUCCUAACGCAAGACUUCCUUGACAACGGUAAUGGCGGCGUAACGAUGUACGCUCAGCGGUUAUAUUUUAGUAAAUAAACCACAUAAUUUAACUAAAUACCGCUGUAUAGCUAAAUAUUAGUUCGCCUGAAGCGUGCAGUAAAUUCAACCGUCUAAUCUUCUAGAUAACUCAGAUGUUUGCUGUCCUGUAAUAAAGACUUUUGAACUAAGAUGCCGACGCGUCGUGUCGUCGUGCAGCUUGUCGUGGCUUUUGGUGUUAUUUUGCUGUUCUGUUCACAUGCCCAAGAGUUUACAAGCCAACCGCCGGUGGAUUCUACUGAUUAUUCUUUUGCAAAUGGUGUGAAUACAACAGCAAACUUUACAACAGAGACAAAUGCUACAGAUUCUCCAGACAUCAUCACACGAGAGUUCGGACCCAGAGCCGGUACCGAGGGUCCAGUCGUGUCCACGGUCCAAACCCCAAUCGCACAGACUACACCUGGUUGCACCUGCAACAUCACUCCUGACUUCUGUGAUAUUGGCUGCUGCUGUGAUGUCAUAGACUGCGGCAUCGGUAAUCUGAGUUCUGUGUUUAAUAACUGUAGGCAAGAAACCAGGCCUGGAGUGUGCAUUGAGAGCUGGCUCAUGUUCCGAGCCAACGUGGACCCUCAGCUUGUGACGGACACAGGUUCUCUGUUCUGUGUUCGGAGAGCAAACGAUUCAGACAGCACAGCACAGACUGCCCUCAGUUCCUCUGAAAGGCUGCCUUCCAUCUUUUCUCCUCACUUCUCACUAGCAGAGGACAAGAGCACUUGGAGCUCAAGUGUUUAUAAGGUUGAUGAUGUCAUUCUGAUAUAUUACAAUGCCACAUCCAUAGUGAGCGUGCUCAGACAGCCGUCAUCUGGCAUGGCUUCUUCAUCCUGUGUCGAUCGCAAUCCUGCGAAGUUUCUGCGUUCAGGUUCUUUGUCCUGUUCCCGAGUUGUAAGUGCUCAGUCAUGUAGAAGAGACAGCAGUCUGAGUUUUAGCUCCUAUUUCACAGGUUUCAGUCUCCUAAGGGUUCCACGUCCUUCAGAAAUGGACAUUUCAAAGAUUAUGAUUCCCAUUAUCCCACUGAGCAACCCACCUGAAGUCAGUGAUGAAAAUGGUUCCUGCACGAAUGUUGUGUCUAAGGUGGAGUACGUGAUUAUGUACAAUAACACAGGAGAAAUUACAGCAGCAAUGAUAAAAGUCAGCGUUACAAAUGCUAGGCUUGGAACACAGAUACUACAACAACACGCUGUACAGUUUAAGUUGGCCACGCCCUCACCAUCUCCUCCUAGAUUACCAUUGGUUGGCUUGGAGGUUGGGAGUUCAGUGAUUGGCUGGUUUGGUAGGCAACCUGGACUUCUGACAAUGCCAGGACUUUCCCCGGGAGGAAACUGCUCUCCCGACCUCACCAACCGUGCACCGAUCCUGUUCACACACAACACUAUCACCGGCUGCACCUUCAGGUCAGAUAUACAAGACUGUUCCUCAAUAAGAGAUCAGAUCUACAGCAUCCUUCGUGGGACAAGGACCCCUGAAACAGUCGCCAUGACAGCAGGCUCACAACCACAACAGAGCAGGGUCGUCGUGCAAAAAUGUCCAGAACCUUCUCUGGCUGAGGUGUGUAAGACAGGAUGUCUUGUGCCUGUGUCGCUGUCAGUGAGGUUCCUUUGGGCUAAGAGAGGAAUGUUGGCUCUGCCCCAGAAUCACAUUCUAGGUGUCAAAUAUGUCUUCAGCUGUCAGAUCCAGAAGUGUCCCAUUGUUUCUCCAAUUCCUCUGACCACUGAGGUGAUUUUCUCUGACACUACGGUUUACCCAGAACCCCCCAGGGCUGAUCCCCAACCUGAGUGGAAGUUUCCAUUUGGGUUCUUCUCCAGGGGAGCAGAAGAGCUGGACUGAGUAUAGGACACAAUAAAGUGACUGAGAAUUUCUAUUUAUUCUUCCUGCAAAUAAAUUAAUUUUAAUAAUAAAGUUAUUUGUUAAAUUA